AAAACAAAUAAAAAAGGUGCAAUGUCAGCAAAAACUUGUUUAGGAAGUUGAGGACUUAUAAAUCCCCUGGGAGGGGUUGGGGAUCAAACAGUACCGAGAGUGUGAGUGAGUUUGUUUAAUAAAUACAACUGCACUCUGCUGAUGCCAUUGCAGCUUCUUCUUGCUUGAUGUGAGAGAGAGAGAGAGAGAGCCCAACAGAAAAACAACAGGAGUUCUUGCUUGCUUAGAGAGAGAGAGAGAGAGCGAUGGACGGCAAGCACAACAGAAAAACAACAGGAGGGAUUUCAGUGCCUGUGGGGUUCAGAUUCCAUCCCACUGAAGAGGAACUGGUGAACCACUACUUGAAGAAGAAGAAAUGGGAUAAAGAUUUUAAAGUUAACCACAUCAUCCCUGAAAUUGCUUUCUGCAAGCACGAGCCUUGGGAUUUACCUGGGCUCUUGUUCACAGAGCCAGACUCUCCAUAUCAUGAUAUGGAGUGGUUCUUCUUCAGCCUAAGGGAUUACAAAUACAUCAACAGCAAUCGCUCCAACAGGGCCACGCGGAAAGGCUACUGGAAAAUCACAGGCAAGGAACGUGUGAUCAGGGCUCGAGGGUCCAAAUUUGUCAUUGGGAGGAAGAGGACCUUGACCUUCUAUGAAGGUCGUGUGCCUAAAUCGAAGAAGACCAACUGGGUCGUGCACGAGUAUUAUCUCAUUGAAGAUGAAGCCAAUUCUAAUCCUAAGCUGGCACAGAGGGAUUUUGUUCUCUGUCGCUUGAAGAAAAAACCAGAUAAGAAGGAUACUUCAAUCUGUGCUGAGGGUGAACCUAGCAACUGCAAUUUGUCUAAUUGUGAAGAUCAAGUUGCAGCUGUUGUGACUCCAGAGUCACAGGAUCACAGCCCCUCCACGCUGCAAUCACCAGCAAGCAUAGAGCUGGGAGAUGUUCUGCAAGCCAAUGGCAUUAAUGAAGAUUGUAAUGAAAUGCAAUCUCCAUUUGGAGAUAAUGAGUAUCAUGUUACUGAUAACAAUGAUAUUUCAACCUGUGAUGAAGGUGAACCGCAUGGCUUCACCAUGUCUGAUUUUGAAAAUGAAGUCGCAGAUGAUAUGUCGCAAGAGUUAUAUGCUCAGCAAGAAAGAAACUUGGAUCCAACAUAUACAGAACUGGAAGGUUUUAUGUAUAUUGAUGCCUUUAGUUUUGAAAAUAAAGCUGGAGAGCAGCAAUGUGCUCAGCCAGAAAAGAACCUGGAUCCACGCUUUCAUCCACCUCAGCCACAUGAUUACUGCUCCUCCACACUGCAGUCACCAAUAUACACCGAACUGGGAAGUGUCCCACAUGCCAAUGUCUAUAACGAUCAAUGGCAAUCUACAUAUGAUGGCAAUGGACAAGCUAGAAACACCAUUGCUAAUUUUGAAAAUCAAACUACGUAUGAAAGGAUUUCAGAGGAAUAUCCUCAACAAGAAGAGAAUCUGGAAUUAAUCUUUCAUGCACCUCAGCUACAGGAUUACACACUGCAGCCACUAAUGAACACAGAAGUGGGAGAUGUUUUGCAUGACAAUAACUAUAUUGAAUGCAAUGAGCUUCAAUCUCCAGUUUGGACUGAACUUACGAGAGGGGUUUUUUGUUGUUGUUUUCAAAAGGACAAAAAAGAAAAAGAAAAAGAAAAAAAAGGGCAUGGUGAUGAUAGGAAGUGGGUGGGAUCCACACAUACGACUCAUCAAGCCAUGUAUGUCCAGGAAGAGACCUUGGUUGGGAAGCUCAGGACUUUUGGGAUGAAACACAAGUCCAAAACCGCAGUGACAGUGCUGUGGCUUGUGGUUGCAGGAGGGAUGAGAAGCACAACAACAGAAGAAUGGUUGCUUCCCUUGCUGCGUGGAUUCAGAUUCCAUCCCCCUGAGGAGGAAAUGGUGAACCUUUUGAGGAAGAAGAUGGAGGGCCAGGGCUCCCAAACCAUGCCUGAAAUCGAUUACGAGCCUUGGAAUUUACCUGAUAAUGAAUCUAUCUCACUUUUUCUUCGCUUCUUGAAGCAGAUGAUGCAGGGUAAGGCCUCCCAAGCCUGCCACAUCAUCCCUCAAAUCGAUGUCUGCAAGUACGAGCCUUCGGAUUUAGCUGAGCUCUUGUUCCCAGACUCUCCAUAUCAACCUAGGAUGUGGUUUUCCUUCAGCCGACCUCAUUACAAAUCCAUCAACAGUCUUCGUUACAACAGGGCCACAAAGAAGGGAUUCUGGAAAAUCACAGGCAAGCCACGAGAAAUCAAGUCUCAACAACUCUCCAAAUCGGUCACUUGCAAAAAGAGGACCUUGACAUUCCAUGAAGGUCGUGUGUCUAAGUCGACGAAGACCGACUGGGUCAUGCAGGAGUAUUAUCUCACUCAAACUGAACCGGGUUCUAUUCCCAAUCAGCUGAGUGACUUUGUUCUCUGCCGCAUGAAGAAUAAGUCAGCUCAUUAUGAGUCAAAUAAUAAAAAGCUGAAGGAUGAUUCAAUCUGUGAUGAAUCAGCUGAUCCUGGUAUUGGUGGCUACAUGGCCUCUAAUUCUGAAGAUGAUCAAGCUCCUGCAAAUAAUAUGAUUCUGGAGGCCGAUAGACAUCUGGCUGACAAAGAGCUAGAACAUGAUCUGCCUGGAAGUGGCAAUCAUGAUGCUGGUGAACCUGGUGGCUGUGUUUCAUCUGAUUGUGAUGAUAUGGUUCAAGAGCUAAGUGCUCAGCCAGGAGAAUAUCUGGAUUUACCUUUUCCUCCACCUGAGCCACCUGAGCCGGGAAAUGCUUCUGUGCCAUCUCCGAUUGGGAAUAAUGAUUCUUCUCUUCCAAAUAAGAAUAAUAUUACAACCAAUUAUGACAGUAAACCAGUUAGCAACACCGCCUCUAAUUUCAAGAAUCAAACUAAAGAUGAAAGGACGUCAGAGGUUUAUUCUCAACCAGAAGAAGAUCCGGAAUCAUUCUUACAACUUAAGCUAGACGAUUACACAUGGCUUUCAAGAAUAUUGCAGCCAGAACAGGGAAAUCUUCUGCAUGCCAAUAACUCUAUUGGAUGCAAUGAGUUGCAAUCUCCAUAUCCGGAGACUGCGGCUCUUUUCCCACAAUCUUCUUGAAUAACAAAAACAUCAUCAUAUACUCUUUUCAAUGACUCCAACCUACCAAAGUCAUUGGGAAGGGUUUAUGAUGGGGAUGGUGGAGUACAACAGUAAGACGGACACUGAAGUACUUCAGGGAAAAUAUAUUCUGCAUUAGCUAUUGGAAAAACACUCCAAUAUGUUUAAUGAACCACAACAUUUUAUUUAUGGGAGAAUAUCAAGGAGACUUAUAAACCAUGAGCCCUUGUAAGAAUGUGUCUCCAAUUCACAUUAUUACAGAGUGAUAUUCUCCUACAAAUAAUUCGAAGAUUUUUCUAAUAACUUCUUCGUAGUUUUGGACAUUUAUGUCCAAGACAAAAGACAAGUUACUAGUUUGUGACAGACAGCAAUGGUUUUGGGCAAUUUGUCAAAAAUCGUUUAUGCGUGUGUAACUUGUUGGUACAAAGAAAGACCAGCAAAUACAAUGGUUGAAAUUCCAUCCAGAACUCUCUACCCUUCUCCGAAUGCAACGAGUCCAGACAAACUAAAGACGUCUUUUCUCAGAAGCAGUUUUUUUGGAGACGUUACUUCCUCUUCCUCUAUCAGCACAAACUAGAGAUAUUUCUCAGAUCAGUAGACUUCUUCAACUAGUAUAUCUAUCCUACUAAUUGAAGAACAGACAACCUCCAUAUCAACCAAUAUCCAUUCAUGUCUUCACCGCACCCAUGGGAGAUGCUCCGAGAAGAAUCCGACUGCAGAGUGGCAUCACAAGACAAGGUCAGGGAAGCUGCAGCUCAUUGUAUUGCUGUUCAUACUGUUUGAAGCAGGCAUGGAAUGGGCAGCCGGCAGAAAAUUGAAGGAUUCUUUUAUUUUCCUCGAAGCAUCUCCUUCAAGCCAUAAACCAAGUCCCCCCAUGGUACAAUACUUCAACACCAAGUUCUAGUUCUAUAGCCUUACAGGCUUGCUUUUGUUCCAGUCACUAUCAAUCUUUAUAGAAGUGUCACUAUACAGGAGCUUCUGCUACAUGGCUGCUGGAGUCUCAGUUUAUCUAUUAGUUCAACCAGACACUAGUGUGAUGUUAUGGUUAUUGAUAUAGAAGCUUUGAGCUCCGUCCUUAAUGGAGUAGUAGUUACUAGUUACCGUUGUUUCAAAAAUGUACGAUUAUUUUUUUUUAUCUUGAAGGACUUAAACCUAUCAAUGACCUAUAUCAGUCUGAAACAUCCCACCCUUUACCACCAAAAAUUGUAUCCUUGUUAAUAUUGCUUUUGUUAUUAUAUCCUCGUGAAUGUUAUUUAUUUCCAACAUUUCAACGAUGAAUGGAAUAUUGUGUAUUAUUUCCUCUUUU